AUGGCCACAAAAGCAGAGGCGUCUCGUCGUCCUUCUUCCUCCUCUCCGCUCCUUCUUGGAGCAAAUCCAAGAAAUGAUGGCACCGCCCACUUCGUCGAUCUCAUCGCCGUAAGAAUCUUCUUCUGGACCCUCUCCCUCCAAGAAAUCAUCCGCUUCGCCGAGCUCUCCUCAUCCCAGGUCAAGAACUGCCUCCUCGUCCUCAUCCAGCACAACUGCGUCCCGGCCUUCUUCUCUCCAAGACCAGCUGGGCUUGGAGUUGUGACCAAGGCGGUGACCCAUUACAUGGCCCUCUUCGACAACAUCCUCGAUCGAAUGGGAUUCUCCAAGUUCUUGGCCGUUGUAAGUGACGACCUCUGCCCACAGUCAGUGCAAGUGUGCGGGAAGGGCUGCGUGCAAAUUUUGAUCGACUUGUAAGUGCACGCUAUGUGGAACGUUGUCCAAGAUCUGAACCCUUCAUUGAGCCACCUCCACAAGAUGAAACUAGAUCAACAAGAAAACGUGGU